AAUGGAUACAUAAGCCUACUCCAAGAUUUCCAAUGCUGCUUUAAUUUAAGAACUUUACAGGAGAUAUAGAUGUCAAGAAGAAGCAUUGAAAAAAAGAAUUGUAUUUCUAGGAAUGCCAGGAGCAGGUAAUUAAUACAAUUUAUUCAACUUAGGUAAGGGAACACAUUCAGCUAAAAUGUUGGCUCGUUUUUGUAUGUGCCAUUUGUCAACAGGAGAUUUAUUAAGAGAAGAAGUAAGAUCAGGAAGUGAAUUUGGAAAGAAAUUAAAAGGAAUCAUGGAGAGAGGAGAAUUAAUUGAAGAUGAAGUUAUGUGCAAUCUCAUCAAAUAACAAUUAGCAAAGUAUGUUACUUUUCUUAUUUAAGACCUGCUUGUGCUAAUGGUGCAAUUUUAGAUGGAUUCCCUCGUACUAUUCCUUAAGCUGAAAAACUUGAUUAGAUUCUCAAAUAAAGUGGAUAAUAGAUUGAUUAAGCAAUAUUUAUGAAUGUACAAGAGCAAGUUGUUGUUGAUCGUCUUGGAGGCCGAUGGACUCAUUUGAAUUCAGGAAGAACUUAUCAUUAUAAAUUCAAUCCUCCUAAGGUUCAUGGAGUAGAUGAUAUUACAGGUGAACCUCUAGUCUAAAGAGAUGAUGAUAAAGAGGCUACAAUCAGAAAUAGAUUAAAUGUUUAUUAGACUAAGACAUCUCCUAUUAUUGAUUAUUACAGAAAGUAACUAAAAUAAUUAUUAAUUUUAGAAAAGGAAUUUUAUUUGAAGUAAAUGCAGAAAGACCUGUAAAUGACAUAUGGAAGGAUAUCAAGACUAUAGUUAAAACCAAAUGAUUU